AAACUGAAACCCACUGUAAUCAAAUCAUGGCAAAUCGUACGUCAAACUUCAACGAAGGAACUUUGGUUUGGUUUCAGACUUGAGAUUUCACAUUGAAACAACAGAUUCUGUUUAUGUUUGUGUUUGUGUUUGUGUUUGUGUUCCAUCUGAAACACUUCACUUCUCAAACGUGCUCGAUCUCUUUCUCUUUGACCCAAUAACAUUCAACAAUCUCAAACAAUCAUCCUCGUUCAUUGUUCCUUAUCUUUCUCUUUUCCAGUGAGAAUGGAAAUUGAUGAUAGAUGAUGAGCGUUUGAAUCUGGUGACAUUCAUUAAAGAUUCUGGGGUGAUUUUUGAGGGUCCAAAAUCACGCUUGAAUUAAUUGAAGGAUUUGAAAAGAAGAUUUGGUUUUUUUUUUUUUUUUUGGUUAUUGUUGUUCUUGAUUGUUGUGAACACAAGACUAAGGUAGUUGAUAGAUAGUGUGGUGUGAGGGGUUUGCAACAUGGACCAGCUUCCUGUUGAAGUGAUUGGGAACAUACUGUCCCACCUGAGUGCUGCAAGAGAUGUGGUGAUAGCUUCUGCAACAUGCAGGAAAUGGAGACUAGCAUGUCGCAAGCACCUUCAUACACUCUCCUUCAGCUCCAAAGAUUGGCCCCUUUACCGGGAUUUGACGACUACCCGCCUCGAGAUUUUGAUCACACAGACCAUUUUUCAGACCUCAGGGUUGCAGUCUCUCUCCAUUUUGAUGGAAGAUGUGGAUGAGUUUUCGGCUCCCACCGUUACUGCUUGGCUCUUGUACACCAGGGAAACUCUGAGGCAAUUGUAUUAUAAUGUGAAGACUAUGCCUAAUGUUAACAUUCUUGAAAUAUGUGGCAGGCACAAGCUGGAAAUACUAGAUUUGGCUCAUAAUUCCAUUGCAGGGGUUGAGCCUAAUUAUCAGAGAUUCCCUUGUUUGAAAUCUCUUUCCUUGAGUUAUGUCAGUAUAUCCGCGUUGGAUCUGCAUCUUUUAGUUUCUGCUUGUCCAAAGAUUGAAACCUUGGAACUUGUGAAUCCGGAGAUUGCAAUGUCUGAUGCUCAGGUGACUGUUGAGUUGAGUAGUUCAACGCUGAAGAGUGUAUUUGUAGAAGCUAUCAGUUUGGACAAGUUUAUAUUGGAGGCUGAUGGAAUUGAGAGCUUGCACUUGAAAGAUUGUGCUCUUGAGGUUUUUGAACUCAUUGGCAAGGGGACCUUGAAGCAUUUCAAAAUUGAUGAUGUUAGCGUUAUACAUCUUGAUAUUGGUGAGACGGUUGAGAAUCUUGAGACUGUGGAUAUCAGCAACUUCACUAUUAUAUGGCAAAAGUUUUACCAGAUGAUUUCAAGAUCGUCAAAUUUGAAGAGGCUUCGGCUUUGGGAUGUGAUGUUUGACGAUGAGGAUGAGGUUGUGGAUUUGGAAACAAUUGCAACUUGCUUUCCACACCUGAGCCAUUUAUCUCUGAGUUAUGAUGUGAGGGAUGGAGUGCUUCACUAUGGUUUACAGGUAUCUUCCUAUCUGGAUAAUGUUGUUGUCUUGGAGCUCGGAUGGACUGUGAUCAAUGAUCUUUUCUCCCACUGGGUUGAGGGGCUGCUUAAGCGAUGCCCCAAUCUCAAGAAGUUGGUCAUUCAUGGGGUUGUUUCCGAGGCUAAGACUCAUGAAGAAUGCCAGAUGUUAGCCAAUUUCACCACAUCCAUGGUUGAGCUGAUGAGGAGAUACACACAUGUAGAUCCACAUUUUAAGUAUGAAUAGGAUUCUGCUAAUGCCUUGUUAUAGACUCAUAGCUCAGGGUUUAUUUUAAUUCUAAUUGUGUCACAUUUUCCGGUAACUUAUUGAAUUCAAGUGUCUAUGCACAAUUUUUAAUUUAUUGGCUGGAGUCUAUUUGGAAUUUGUGACCAACCAACAAUUAUAGCUCAUAGUAGAAAUUUAUAAUUUUGAUCCCUUUUCUUAGAAAUAGAAAAUCCAUAAACUAAUCUGAAAAUUUUACCAUGUCCGAUGUGUUCUGGGUAUUUUAACCUUAUAAUUAAGAUCGAAAAAUAAAAUAAGAAACCGUUGAAAUGGAUUCAAUUUUGAGGGAAGAGAGUUAUUAUGGUGACGCAUUCAAGAGGACUUGGCUCUUGAGCAAGUUUACCCUUUCUAUUCAGUGGACAUGUUAUGGCUAUCUUUCCUUCACUUCUGUUUCUUGGACAAUACUGUGUUGGUAUGUGCCAUACUGCAAUUAUUCAGCUUCUAAGUACGCAGAGAGGGCCAGCCUAGGAAAGAACUAGAUAUGAUAAUAAGUUUUUGUGAUGCUGUUGAACUAUAGGUUACUGUUCCUUUGUUUAGAGAAUAGAGUAUUGAUCCUGAUGCUGAUAUUUUAACUGAUUUUUCAGUAGUGUGAUUAUAUUGCAUAUUGAAAGCAAUUUUUCUUUCUCAGAUAAAUAUGUUGCACUAGGGGAACAGGUUUACUACUAUGAUGCAUUCCCUGACUGAUUCUUCCAUUUUGUGGCUGUUAUGUUGUUAGGAGGAAGGUUAUAUUAGGUUCUCGGCAGCUAAUGUCAAACUUGUCGAAACCAUACAUUAGCCGACAUCACUUAUUGGAUAAGAUUUUGUUGUUGUUUGUUAGGAAUCAGGACUUGCCUGCAGUUUCUGAGAUAGCAACUAUAAUCAUUCGUGUCUUGCAAAACUUGCUAGUCUUUUUUGGCAUGAUUUACAUAGAAUGGAGAGAUGGAUAACUCUUUAAUGAGGUGAAUAAUUGUUUGUCAACGUUAGAAUAUCCUUUUAAUUUACUUGACCAGCUAUUUGGGCAACUAGAUGAUGAGCUGCUGCUUAACCAACUUGUCAAAUAGGGUUGAAGCGGUGAUAACAUUAAACUUGUCAAAUGUUCCAUGGAUUAGAAUAUCAGAAAGCUUUUAAGUUUAUCAAACGUAUCGACUUAAAUUCAAUGGUCAUAUAACUUCGGAUGAAUAGCAUUUGAAAGUGUUAUAUGUUUUAACACUAAGAUGUUUCAAAGACACUUUCACAUUCUUAUCAGCGUGGUGCACUUAAAGAAAUUAAGCCAGCUCCAAGUUUGAAUUAACAAAUACUCAAUUACAUGUUACCAAUAUUAAUGUUACUAACACUUUUUUGUUUACACUAUUCUGAUUCGAGUUAGACAUGAUUACAGAGGGACUAACACACUCCUUUUAAAGAAUAAGUAUUCUAAAAGUGUGCAAGUAACAUUUUUCUUAUCAUUAUACACUUAAAAAAAAAUCAUUUUUAAUAAAAGAGCAGUAUUGUCGUUGCAAUUCUAUAAUAUUGUGAUCCACAAAUUGUAGGUUAAUCUUCCUACAUCUCUGUUACGCUUUGCAAGUAAUUGUUCUCAUAACGCUGAAAUAAACGUAACGAGUUCGAGAAAAGAGCCCAUUUUUGGUCUAUCUACUCGUCUAAUUACAAAGCAAAAUGAAAUUCUUUGACGCGGACUCUUAUUUAUAAAUAUUUCUUCUCGGAGAAUGAUCAACAAUGAUGCUGAUUAUAAUGAUAAUUAAAAAAUUAUCGUGUGUCAGUUGUUUGGGUUACAUGUUAAUUUUUUUGUUGAGUCACGUUAGUAAAAAGAUCAAAAGUACUGAAUUUUUAAAAUUCAAGGACUAAAAACAUUAAGCUUAACAACAACAAUACUAACGAUAAAAAGAAGAAAAACUGCAACAUCAAGAUUUCUUUUUACUUCAUUUGUUUCUUAAUGAUUGGAUAACAGUGAUUAGGUUGAUCUUGUAUUUGAUCAGGUCAAACUAUCUGGGAUGCUCAACAAACCAAAACGAGUAAAAAAUUAGAUGAUUGAAACAGAAGAAUAUAUACAAUUUCAAAAAAUGAUGGUUACAUAAGCAUGAUAAUUUGAGUUUAUUCGGAUGAAAUUUAAGUGAGUUUCAAUAAAUAAUAGGUUGAUUUCGUGGGCAUUCAAAAAAUAUGGAACGGAUCAUACCGUCAUCAUGUAGAUGAAAUUGUUGUUUAGCUUUUAUUUAUAAGGUUUGAAGGUUCCCCAAAUUUUGUUGAAUUCGAGCACAUGUACAUGAGCUAAAUGAACUCGGUGCCUUUCUUGUUUAUUUAUUGUGUGUGAUCAUCUUCACAUUUGUAUGGAUAAGUACUCUCCUCUUGUGUUGAAUCAUUAUACAUAUUUCUUAAAGUAAGGAUAAUUUCUAACCAGUCAAAAUAUUUUAUAAGUUGAUCUAUGAAAAGGACUGAAUUAUAUGCUUUUAACGAGCCAUUUUGCAAAUUCUAGUGUAUAUAUGGAGAAUUCACCUCCUUUAAAGUAAACGUGUAAAAUGAAAAAAAAUAUAAGGUAAAUAAUAAUAAUAAAAAUCUAUUAUUGAUCAUGGUGUUAAUCAAAAGUACCUCAUGUUCGAUAAUAUAAAAAUUAUUCUUUAUUUGAAAUCAAAAGAUCAUCAAGGUAGAUAUGGUCUUUUUCAACAUUAUUUUUUUAUAUAUAUUAUGAUCUAUUGUUGAUUUAAAAUAAAGUAUUUAAUACAAAUUAAUCAUGAUAAAUUAAACAUAGAUACAUCAUUAUUUUGUUACUUUAUAUAUUCUUUUGUUUUAAAAAAAUCAAAUCUAUGUGUUGGGGUUAGAGGUAAGAUCAAAAUUCUCAUUGCCUAUGGGGUCCAAUUUAGGACGGUUAAUUCCCACACAUGGCAUCUCUGCUUGAUCUGGCAAAUGGUCACACAAACUGUUCAAUGUCAGUAUCAGUGCAAAUGGUCUAG